AUGAACACAGUCGACCCCCCUCUUACCCCGGAUGAAUUCAAAACAACCUCAACAUUUCGAAAACGCCUUCGAGAAUCGGAAAAAGCAUGCCCAAAGAUGACAGUGGAACUCUACAAUGCAACCAUUGAUCCCUACCGCUCCACCAGUCUUGAUCCCACAUGGCCACAUCCACUCCUACUUCAAUACGACUCCCAACUAGUCAAGAGUAUCGAACCAAUGGAAUCCGAGAUCGCAAGCCAGCUCUGGAUCGGAGGUCUUCAUAAACAAGGCCUUGUCACUGUUGCUCUUGCAUCCGCGGACCGGUACACAGAUCAUCCACCUCAGAAACAUCUGUCUAUCAGGUUCGUGGGACAGGUUAUUCGUCCCGAUACGCUGGAUUCCGUGGUGUUACAAUCCGAGACUGCGCUGGUUUCCGGUAUUCUUUGA